CGGGCGGGCGCGGAGGGGGACGGGUGGAGGGGGGGGGAGCGGGGCUGGGGCCGCCCAGCGCGCAGGCGCCCUGCGGCCGCCAAUGGGCGCGGAGCUCCCGCCGCGGAUCGGCGAUCGGCUGGCGCUGCCUGGCGGGGACCAGAGGGCGGCGUGGGCUCGGCGGAACAGCGAGGGGCGGCCCGGUACCGGGUGUGUGUGUGGGUCCCACCUCGUGGCCCGCGGGGGCCCCCUGUGCCGUCUCCCCAUGGCGGCGAUCUACUCCGGCAUCUACCUGAAGCUGAAAAGCGCCAAGACUCCAUGGGAAGACAAAAUCAAACUAGCCCGUUUUGCCUGGGUUUCUCACCAGUGCGUUCUGCCUAAUAAAGAGCAAGUAUUACUCGAUUGGGUAAGCCAUGCAUUGGUUUCAUACUACAAUAAGAAAUUUGAACUGGAGGAGGAAGUUGUUGAGAAACUCUGGGCAUAUUUAGACAACGUUAUCCAUAGUAGAAGACUACAGAAUCUCUUAAAGAGUGGGAAGACAAUUGGUCUCAGUUUUUCAAUUGCACAGGUCAUAAAUGAAAGAUUAUCGCAGGCCUGUUCUCAAAAAACACAGCAAAACAUUGGCACAGUGCUGAGUUGCUCCAGUGGCAUUCUUUCUACUCCGUCACUCUCCAUCAUUUACACAGCAAAGUGUGAGCUCUUGGUUGAUCUCCUCAGCAAGCUGUCCAAGCUGGCAUGUCAGCAGCUGGCUUCUGAUGACACCGUGGGCUCCCAGGUGUUCAGUGUCCUCCAACUUACCUUUGCUCAGUACCUCCUGAUCCAGAGGCAGCAAACCAACCCGAAUCGUGUGUUUGGGCAAGUGACAAGUCACUUGCUCCAGCCAUGUCUGCUCCUGAGGCACUUGCUGACUGUGAGGAGCUGGACACAAGCAGAUGACAACCACGUGCGUCAGCACCUGAGCAGGGAAAUACGAAACCAAGUAGAAACUUUGUUGCAGGCUGGGUUAUUCCAACCUGAGCUUUUAUCAUCUUACAAAGAGGAGCUGCUGCCAGAACAGGAACUCCAAGUGAAGAAGAAAGGAGCUUUGAAAAGUCUUUUGCUACCAGUCAAUACAGUGCAGACCAAGCUGAGCAGUGGCUUUUGUGAACCUGCCCUCCAUGGAGCUGUUGUGGCUGGUUCAGUGUCCCUGCUAUAUAAGCUCUUUCUGGACUCAUACUGUAAGGCAGAAAACCACCUUGCGUGUUUCCAUAUGCUCAGCAGGCUUUUUAGCUGUCUCAGGUUCCCUGCCCUACAGCAGGGAAUACUCUCCCCUGCGGAUUGGAGCACAGAGCUACUUGCUUUGGAACAGCUUCUGAACUUGGUGCUUAGCAGUGAUAUCUAUAAUGUUGCCAGUGACCGUAUCCGGCACAAGGAGAUACAAUUUGGGUUUUACCGCAAGCUAGCACAGAUGUUGGUGAGUCACUCCCAAGCUUCCAUCCCUGCUUGGUUCAGGUGUCUCAAGCUCUUGAUGUCGUUAAACCACCUUAUAAUAGAGCCAGACUUGGAUGCCUUAGUAGCCUCAGCUUGGAUUGAUGCUGAGGUCUCCGAGCCACGUACGAAGAAGCCCCAGGAGGCUCUCAUCAGCACCAUGUUUCAGACUUACUCCAAGCUGCGACAGUUCCCACGGCUCUUUGAGGAGGUGCUGACAGUCAUUUGCCGGCCAGCUGCUGAUGAACUGAGGCUGCCUGUCUUCUCUGCUGGCCUGACAGGAAAGCUUCGCGAGUGCCUCCUUGAACUGCCACCCAACCAGAUUCUGGACAUUUUGUGUCUCUGUGUGGAGAAAUGCCAGACCCUUAUCAUUCCUGCUGUUGAAAGGUCAGCUGACAUGGCCUUGAAGCUGCUCUCACUGAGCUCAGUGCUGCAUGCUUUUCUGUUCAACAUGAGAAGCCUAGAUGAUAUCACUCCUUCCCCUGUGGUUCUUCGCACUCAGAGUCUGCUGUCAAAGAUGCAGAAGGGAAUAAUCCAGCCACUGAUGGAGCUGCUGCAGGCUCCUAGAAGAGAGGAAGAGAAGUCAGACCUUUGGCUAAGAAAGGCCAGUGACUCUGCUCUCCUCCUUGUUUACACUUGGGUUGAGGUGGACACUUUGUUUCGUCUUAGCUGCAGUAAAUAUGUGUCUCCAGCAGCUGAAAUUGCUGGUGCUGUUACUGCAUCUGCUGCAAGGCGCUGGGGCAUUCCAGCUUUCCUCUCUGGUGUGGAAGAGCAGUGCUGGGAGAGAGUCGUGGAACUUGCAAAUAGUUUUGCCUCCACUAGUAAAUAUUGCUUAGAACUGCUCACGCUUCAGAAAAUUAAGAUGAUCUUAAUGCAGACCGAAGCUGACCUACAGGCCUUGCAGCAUGCUGCAGCUUUGAUCCUGGAGUCUGGGAGAUCCAGCAUGAGCAGGGGAGAAUCUGAACCAUGGGAUGGAGAUAUCAGCGCGAUAAGUGAUCUUACCUAUCCCACGGCCCACUGGCACCUUGUCAUCUCCAACCUGACUAUCCUGUUGCCGUAUCUUUCCCUGAAAGAUGUAGAGUAUAUUGCAAAUGUGCUUCUAGAGACGUUAGUAUUGGCCAAAGCUCAGGAAGCGGCUGCAGACCAGGAGCCUUCCAUCAGCAUUGGAAAGAUAUCACUUGGUUUGAUGCAUAGCUCCUUUCUCCCAGAAAUGAUGGUCCUGCAUUGUACUUUUCUGACCAGUCUUAUUCAUCGGUUCACUAGGGUGCUGCCCUCUGCUGCCAGGGAUUCAGUAGAUCUGCCACUUCAGCAGCUGUCUGCAGGUAAUAUCCCUUGGCACGAAGAAAUCCUGGCUUCUUGCAGACCUGUUGACCCGUUAGAAGCACCAUCAGAAAACAAACUGCUGAAGGAUGAGGUCAGCUUGUCUCGGAAAACACUGGAGAAAGUUGCCCAAUGUAUAAUAUUGUUAGCAAAAAAUGGCCGCCCCCUCAUCCUGAAAGAAAGCCAGCUAGAAAGCUGCUUGGGUUUGCUCGAAAUUGCUUCCCUUCUGAAACUAGACAGUCUUCUUCCCUCUGACUGUACCCGGUGUUUUCUGGUGCUGCUGUCCCUGCUAGCUAAUACCAGGGCUAGUGCCUCUUGCAGCAAACCCUUAUUGCUGAAGUUUUUAAGUACCUGCUUCCACCUCCUGAGGUGCCUGCACGCUGGCAGGAAUGCCAACUCUGUUUUUAAGGUGUUUCAUGCCAGCGAUGUUCUUGAGACUGUCAUGACAUCCCAGCUUACAGCUAGCAAAUUCUUCACUGAUGUUUUGACUGUUCCUGAUUGGGCACAGUAUCUCCAGGAAGUCCAAGCCUUUUUGGAAGACUUUCUUCGGAUGAUUGUUGAGAGAAGGCAAAGUGUGAAGCUCAACUUGGAAAAGUUCAUGUCUUUCCUGAUGAGCUGCGAGCCAGACAUUGGUGCAGCCAAAAGCAAAGGCUGGAAAAACUGGAAUCCUGCAGCCGGGCAGUUACUGCUCAUGGCAUUCACCACACUGUGUCAAGUCAUCACACUCUACCUAGAGCAGCUGCCACAAAAGAAGCUGCAGUCUACGGAUGUACUGUCUGCUCUGUUGGAGCCUGUAGUUCUGCAGAUGGUCAGAACUGUUGAACAGGGUCUUCAGAGUAACACCCAAAACCAGCCUUUGCCUGUGACAUUCAUACCAUCUGUCACUACACUUCUCAAAGCAGAUCUGAGCCAUGCUGUCAAGAGGGACUGGCAGAAGGAGCCCAGUGGGUUUUUAGAGCAACCCCGUAUUAAACUGUACCAAAAGUUUUACUCCCAGAUACUGAGAGAGCUGCCCUGCGCGGGAGAUAAUCUGCAGUUCCUUCAGUCUGCAUUGCAGUUCCUGACAGUCUUCUGCUCAGUGCCAGAGCUGUAUCCUGGAGAAGAAACUGCGGUCACGGUUGUUUUUGCUAUAAAAAAGCUUCUUGCUGGUGCUGCAGUCACAACCCAGGUGAUCCAAAGUGUGGAGACGGAGCUGACAGAGGUACUUGUCCAGCUGCUGGGAAGCUGCUCUGCUGAGGAGUUUUAUACCAUAAUGAGGCUUGUGCUGCAAGGACUGGAAAUGAAGAACAUUUGGCAACAGAAGGCUAAAGAAGUAUUGUCGGCUGUUACGCUAAUGAAAUUGUUGCUCAGCUGCCCAUUACGUGGAGACAAAGAGAAAGCUUUCUGGUUUGCCAGCCCACAGAUAAUCACAGCUUUAGCUAUGCAAACCAAAGAGGCCUGUCAGGACCAGUCACUGAUUCCCACCAUAGUUGUACCUAUUCUAGAGACCGUAGCAGCUCUGCUAAGGCAAGGAGAAGGGGUUAUUUUGAAUCCACACCAUGUGGCAUUGGCUUUCAGCAUUCUCCUAACGGUUCCUCUGGAUCAUCUGAAGACAGAAGACUAUCGCAGUAUCUUCCUGGGAGUCCAUGAAGUGCUCUUCUCUAUUGUGCAAUGUCAUCCAAAGGUGCUGUUGAAAGCAGCACCGUCUUUUCUGAACAGUUUCCAUCGUCUGGUUGUUUCUGUGAUGCAUGAAGGACGUCAGAAAGGAGACAAAGGCAACACAGAUGAGUUUGAAGUUAUACUGAAGUGUGCACGCUUAGUGGAACGGAUGUAUACUCAUAUCACUGCAGAAAUGGAGGACUUCACUGUGUUUUCUGCUUUCAUUGUGGCUCAGUAUGUGACUGAGUUGCAGAAGGUCACUUUGCACCCGGCUGUUAAGAAACAUCUCACAGAAGGGAUAUAUCGCAUCCUUGACCUUUGCAUUGAACGGGACAUCAAGUUCUUAAAUACGUCGCUACCAGCAGGUGUAAGGGAGGUCUUUAAGGAUCUGUAUAAUGAUUACAACCACUAUCACAAAGCAAAAAAACAGGGGGAGGAAAAGUAUACUGCGUGAUGAAUCCUGCAGGUGAAUUGAUCUUGCAGUGCUCAGAAAAUCCUCAGUUGCUGUUUGGUUUGGGAUGACCAGUAAGAUCAAAUCUGAAGAGGGUGCUCUAAACAUGGAUUGCAUCUAUCUCUAUACAACCAGCUUUCAUAAUGGGGAAAAGGGGAACGGGAAGGGAGGAUGUGCUGUUAGGCCUGGUCCUGCUGUGUGCCACAAAUGGCAGAAUUGCUGCACCUGUGCUGGCCCCAGUGAACUCACUGGGAGCCCCGGGGAGCUCGCUGCAGUCUGGCAGCAGAUGUCGGGCUUCAGGCUUUGGCAUGUCAUGAUGCUUUUCUGUGGAAGCAAUAGCCUGGUGUAAAACCCAGUGAAGGUUAUAACUCGUACUCUUGCUUACGUGGUAAGCAGAACUAAAGCAGUUAAAAUGCUUAUUUUUGUACCCUGUUAUUUUACAUUUUGUUACUGAAGAAAUUUGUUACACAGCUGUGUGGUAGGCUACUGUGCAAAACUGUGGAAAUACAGUAAAAAAUAUUAAAGUUUGUAUCUCUUUGCAUGGUU